CUUGGGUGCAGCUGCUCAGCCAUGGAAACCCAUUCCAUGAAGCUUGGAGGUCUUAGCUAUUGACUCUGCAGACAGCUGGUGGCUUCUGCGCUUCAGCAUGUGCUGACCCUACUCUGUCAUUUUACGUGGCCUACCACUUCAAUGCAGUCAGGCAAGUACCAUUCUCCUGGGAACCGUCAAACCCAGACAUGUCCAUCGGAUUGUAAGACAGAGAAGCGUGAUUCGUCACUCUUUAGUAGCAAAGAAAAUUUCAUGGAUGGACUUAUUGCACAGGUGGCAACCUAUCACGGUACCAGGCUUGAAUUCACUGAGCUCCUUAGAGCGAUCCAUUCCUUCACAAAUGUUUGUAGAAGCAGUCUGCAUGCCCAGGUACUUGAUUUUAUACACCUGUUGCCA